AUCAAUAUACAAGUCAGAUGGCUAGCUACAGAUACAGGUCUCGUAAAUUGUUAGAUUAUUCGGAUUCUUCGUCGUCUGAAUCGUCUGAUUCUGAGAGUUUCGACGAUGAAGAAUCAUCAGAGGAAUCGGAGGAGGAUUUAAGAGGGGCCACGUACAGAUCUAAACGGAGGGUUCGGGGCUCUGGUGACACGACCAAAUCAGGGUAUCAGAUCGGUAAUAUAAAGGUCACUGUUGUUGGAGGGGACAUUGCCAGACAAAAGGUUGACGCAAUAGUUAACACUACGAAUUCUCGUCUGGAUCUGAGCCAGGGGAGAACUUCUAGUUCUAUCCUAGCCGCGGCAGGGAGGGGCAUUCAGAGGGAGUGCCGUCAGACCUAUACUAGGAGGUUAGACCCAGGAGAAAUAGCGGUCACAACAGGUGGACACCUCGCCUGUAGGGCCAUCUAUCACGGAGUUCUGACAAAGUAUUCCUCUAAAAAAGACGAACAGAUUUUAGCAGACUUGGUGACAGAGUGUCUGGAUCAGGCUGAUGCUGACGGUUAUAGGUCCAUCGCCUUCCCACCAAUUGGGACCGGGUACCUGUCUUACAAUCCAUCAAGAGUAGCUGAAAUUAUGUUGGAAUGUAUUGAAAAUUGUAAUUCAAGAACAGUUAAAUCUGUGUCCAUUGUUACAUACUCACAAGAAAGUAGUUGUUUUCAGGACUUUGUAAACGCAGCUAUGAAAUGUUCGUUUUCAACCUCAAAAUCAACCUCAAAACAGAGCUUGAGUUCAAAUACAAAGCAUAAACCUAAAGUUCCAUCGCCUGUAAUCCCCCUCGCAAACUUUAAUAAUAAUAUAAACGGAAUUAAUGUGAAUAUUUCUGUUGGAACUCUUCAAGAUCAAAAAGUGGAUGUUAUAGUCAAUAGCAUUGGUAAGGACCUCAGCAUAGAUUCCGCAGUGUCCUCCGCCCUAGUGUCUGCUGCUGGGCCUAAUCUCGUACAGGAGCUUCGUCAGACUUGUUUUGGUAAAAUUCCAUUUGGAUUUGUUGCUGUCACUAAGGGUUACAACUUAAGUUGUAAAGAAGUAUUUCAUGGUGCCUUAUCUCCAUGGACCUCGAAAACAACUGGCAGUAAACAAGAACCGGAUACUGUCCUGGAAUAUUUCGUCUAUAAAUGUCUGAAAACGGCCAAAUCACGUGGACACAACUCCAUCGCUUUCCCAGCUUUAGGUACGGAACAGUUAAAGUUUCCACCAGAUGUAGCUGCCGCUUGUACUGUAGCAGGAAUUCAAAAGUUUUCUGACAAAUACAACAACUUCGAAGUACGAAUUUUAUUGUAUGGCGGAAGCCCAGACUUGGAACAGCUUGAAAAGGCAUAUAUGGAAGAAAUGGCCAGUCCUGGAAAAAAAGUGAGUAAAGCAGGCCACUCAGCUCCUGUCGAACAUUUUCCGCAAUACAGCGAACCAAAACGAGGCACAGAGGCUUGGUUGGCAUGGAAGUACAGGGAAGAUCUCAGAACACCAAAAUAUUGGACAAAAUACACCGACACCAAAAAACUAAAACAUUGGAAUAUGGGAGGUAGCUCUUUUGAAAAUGUGGAUCAAGCUACUAAAAGUUCCAUAACCAACGCCCUUCGAAAAUCUGUAUCCGUAAAAAAGAUUGUUAGUAUACAAAGGCUUGAAAAUGUUGGUUUGUUCCAAAAAUACGGCGAUGAAUGUCAACGAUUAUUUCGCAAAGCUAGUAUGGCAGGGAAUUUUACUUCUUUGCAUAAAUUAAAGAACUCACUGGGCCCGGUGAAGGUGAUGAAGUAUCUUGACCAAUCCUUAACGAAGCAAACUUAUCCAGAAAUAAAUGAGUAUUUCUUUUUCCAUGGUACAAAACCCAAUGCUGUUAAUUUGAUCUGUGAACAGGGACUGGAUAGUAGACUAGGGGGAGGAAAACUAGGUGUGGGAGUCUAUGGGGCAGAGGAAGCUUCAAAGUCUCACGGAUACACAGGAACCAAUACCAAAGGUGAAAGACCCAUGUUCUUGGUCAGAAUGUGUCUCGGUGAUGUCUUUUUGACAAAUAAUAUAGACACUAAUUUUAGGAGGGCCCCUUGCAAAAAGUGCAGCAGUGCUUACUGUACAAGCCAUCAUGAGAUGUACGACAGUGUGGUGGCAAAUGGUGGAGCCUUUUCUGAUCGGGAGUUCGUGGUUUACGAUAGAAAUCAGUCUUAUCCCGAAUUUCUUAUUUGGUAUAUCAGCUGAACGAUGGGGAUAAAGGUGUUAAUGUGACCUUUACCUUCACAUGAGAUAGGCAAUUAAAUUGCGAGAAAAGUGUUUGUUUGUCAUGAAAAUUAUUAAAUAUUUCUACAAAAUAUUUCUGUUUUUAUUUUUGUCAUGAAAAGUAACGAUAUUAGCCAAAUAUUAUUAUAAUUCUU